GGGCCUUGCAGCCCCCCAGCACUGGCCCAGUGGGCUCCCCCAGCCUGCUGCCGCGGGCCCAUGGUGCUGGUUGGUGGAGCAGGGAGCCCCCGGCUCCGUGCUGCUCGGGGCAGACCGCGUUUCCCCAGAGCAACCCCCUGAUGUCCUGUGACUGCUGGAGGAGCCAUUCUUGAGGGACGGAUCGCUGAUCUCGCUGUGGUGGCAUGUGAGGAGCUCUCUUGCCAAGAAGGCAGCUCGCAGCUUGGGGGCCCUCACAGGGGCGGAGGCACCGUCCCUUUCCGCGAGGACUCCAGCGUGGGCGGCUGCCAGAGGACUCCAGAAUGACACUUGUUACAGUCGGCGUGAGAGGCACCCGGUGGCAAAGGCAGUAGGCACCCUGGAGCUCCCCCAAUGCAGGAGCAGGGAUGGAGCCCACCUCACCCCUGUGACGAGACCUUUCCUGCUCUGAGCAAGCCAAAGGGGAUUCCGCUGCCAGGCCCCUCAGGGGUCGGCCUGCAGCAAGACUUGUUUGGUGGGCCCCGAGGGGAGUCCCCAGUCCCACAGCUGCCUUGUUCCAGUGCCACUCGCAGACCGUGCUGACCCCCAAGCCGCCGUCUCACCUGACCGUCCCCUUGCUUGGUUCCCUCACAUUCCUCUCCCGGGGGCUGCUAGAAAAGGAUGUGAACUUUGGAAUGGAGUCCGUGAUCAGCUGGGGACUCGGAGCAUGCAUGGAACUGCCGCUGAGUAGCAGGACUGGCUGAUCACUUUGGAGACCCCUUCUCUCCUGCCUCAGGGUCGCUGGGCUUUGGCCCUGCCUGGACCCUCCAUCAUGUUCCUCCUGCUCCCCUUUGACAGCCUGGUUGUUAACCUGCUGGGGAUCUCCUUGACCGUGCUCUUCACGCUGCUGCUGGUUUUCAUCAUCGUGCCAGCCAUUUUCGGGGUCUCCUUUGGCAUCCGUAGGAUUUACAUGAAAACACUCUUAAAGAUUUUCCGGUGGGCGACGCUGCGGAUAGAGCGUGGCGCCAAGGAGAAGAAACACCCAUUGUACAAGCCCUAUGUGAAUGGUAUCAUUGCAAAGGAGCCCACGUCCCUGGAGGAGGAGAUCAAAGAGAUCCGCCGGAGCGGCAGCAGCAAAGCCCUGGACGCGCCCGAGUUCGAGCUCUCCGACAUCUUCUACUUCUGCCGCAAGGGCAUCGAGACCAUCAUGGAUGAUGAGGUGACCAAGCGGUUCUCCGCUGAGGAGCUGGAGUCUUGGAACUUGCUCAGCCGGACCAACUACAACUUCCAGUACAUCAGCCUGCGCCUCACGGUGCUGUGGGGGCUGGGCGUGCUCAUCCGGUACUGCUUCCUGCUGCCACUCAGGAUCGCCCUGGCCUUCACAGGCAUCAGCUUGUUGGUGGUUGGCACCACAGUGGUGGGAUAUUUGCCCAAUGGAAGGUGGAAGGAGUUCCUGAGCAAGCACGUUCACCUGAUGUGCUACCGGAUCUGCGUGCGCGCCCUCACUGCCAUCAUCACCUACCAUGACCGGGAAAACAGGCCCCGGAACGGAGGCAUCUGCGUGGCUAAUCACACCUCCCCCAUUGACGUGAUCAUCCUGGCCAGUGACGGCUACUACGCCAUGGUGGGUCAGAUCCACGGGGGCCUCAUGGGCAUGAUCCAGAGGGCUGUGGUGAAGGCGUGUCCCCACGUCUGGUUCGAACGCUCUGAGGUCAAAGAUCGCCACCUCGUGGCCAAAAGGCUGACGGAGCACGUCCAGGACAAGAGCAAACUGCCCAUCCUCAUCUUCCCAGAAGGCACCUGCAUCAACAACACCUCCGUGAUGAUGUUCAAGAAGGGAAGCUUUGAAAUUGGAGCCACAGUCUAUCCGGUAGCCAUCAAGUACGACCCGCAGUUUGGAGAUGCCUUUUGGAACAGCAGCAAGUACGGGAUGGUGACCUACCUGCUGCGGAUGAUGACCAGCUGGGCCAUCGUGUGCAGCGUCUGGUACCUGCCCCCCAUGAGCAGGCAGCCCGAGGAGGACGCUGUCCAGUUUGCCAACCGGGUGAAGUCAGCAAUCGCCCGGCAGGGAGGCCUUGUGGAUCUGCUGUGGGACGGGGGUCUGAAGAGGGAGAAGGUGAAGGACACGUUCAAGGAGGAGCAGCAGAAACUCUACAGCAAGACGCUCGUGGGCAACCACGAGAACCGGAGCCGGUCCUGAGCUCUCUGCCUCCAGUGCUGCCCCGGGCCCUCGGGAGCCAUGUACCCUCGGACAUGGGCUGCUCCGCCCUCUACUCCACCCUCUGGCUCUGCCCCAGAGGCACCGCGCUGCCUGCGGCCCUGAGUGGCUGCCGGCAAAGACGCCUUCUCGUUACUGUUACAGCUCAGCCCGUUGCAGGGCCAGCAUUAAACGGACACCGACA